AACGCUCGCUGCUACUAGUUCCUUGAUGGGUGACCACCCGGGUUCGUACUAGUAAAAAUCUUGCCACACAUACAAAUGUUUGCUUACCUACCGUAGCAACCUUAUCAACUACAGUUCAUAAUCCUCAACAACAGCUAAUGGUUAUCAUAAGCACCGGGUUUCAGUUCAAUAAAAAUAUAUACAUGUCUUUAUACAUAUUUUUUUAUCUUUGAAAUAUUAAUACAUUAUUAAUUAUUAUAAAAAAACAUAGAUUUUUCUAUGCGGCUAUGCUAAUAAUAACAAAAUAUAAAGCAUAUUUAUGUGAUAUAAUAGAGUGUAGACCAUUAGCAGUAUACAAAUAUUAAAAACCACCAGUGGCGUGUAUCAUAAAAAAAAUUGGUGUUGCUCAAAUAGUUUUAGGUGACCUACCCCUCAUAAUGGGGUUAGGUUACUGUUAUACCGUCCUAUACAAUUUCCUAUUUUUCUUCUAUCAAUACCCACCCACCCAUAUUUAAGAUGUUGCCUGAGCAACACUUGGACCAUAUGUUACACGCUACCGAAAACCACUGUAAUUUACCACUAUAAUUAUUAUUAUUAUAUGAACGAAAAUAUUACAUACCUAAAUGUUCUAUCUUAUACUAAAGUCUUUUGUUAUAGAUUGUCAUGGAGAUAAAGAAAAUAAACAAACAUAUAUUAGAGUCAUACGAUUUAAUGAUAAAGAACAAUUUAAGAAAAAAUCAAAUCGUGUCAUAACUGCCCGAUACGGAAUUUUAUCAUUUUUACCAUUAUUUACCAUCGAACAAUUAAUAAAAUUCCCCAACCAGUAUUUUUUAUUUAUAUCUAUACUACAGCAAAUACCCGAUGCAUCUCCAGUUGGCCGAUUUACAACUAUAUUACCUUUAACUAUUAAGUUUGGAUUCUCGGCGAUUAAAUCAAUUAUUAAGGACCUAAUUAAACAUAUUAAAGAUUAUAAAGUUAAUCAUAAAUGUGUGGAAGUAUUAAGAAAUGGUGUUUUAGUUCAAGAGAAAUGGAGUGAAAUUGGCAUAGGAGAUAUUAUUAAAGUCAAAAAUAAUAAUAUCUUCCCAGCAGAUCUUGUACUACUUUCAUCCAGCGAACUACAAGGAACUUGUCACAUAGAAACUACGCAUAUAGAUGGUGAAGUAAAUUUAAAAAUCAGACAAUGCGUCAAAGAAACAUCUUAUUGUAAAGAAUUAAAAGAUUUGAUUGGUUUAAAUGGAAUAAUUGAAUGUGAAUUGCCAAAUAAGUUACUUUAUAAUUUUUUAGGAAGACUGACAAUUAUGAACAAUAAAUAAUAAACAAUUUUUACUAAGAGGAUCUGUUCUGCGAAAUUCAAAAUGGAUUUAUGGAGUUGUGGUAUACAGUGGUCAUGAAACAAAAAUUAUGCUUAAUCAAUCUUUACGC